GGGGCUGGUUACUAGGUGUGUGAUUGUGUGGGGCGGCCAGGGGCGGCCCCGGAGCGGCUGACCCUCUGCCUGCGGGGACGGGAGUCGCGAGGUGGCCGCCAUGGCGGUGUCGGAGAGCCAGCUCAAGAAAAUGGUGUCCAAGAUUUUUCAUGUAGGCAACUACCUGUAUUCGUACAGCAUUUCUAGAGGUGGAGUCACUGCUAAAUCGAUAGAAGAGAACUGACUCACUGAAGAUUGCUGUGCACUUCACACUAUUUACAAAUACAGAGACCUAACUGUACGUGAAACUGUCAAUGUUAUUACUUUAUACAAAGAUCUCAAACCUGUAUUGGAUUCAUAUGUUUUUAAUGAUGGCAGUUCCAGGGAACUAAUGAACCUCACUGGAACAAUUCCUGUGCCUUAUAAAGGUAAUACUUAUAAUAUUCCAAUAUGCCUGUGGCUGCUGGACACAUACCCAUAUAACCCCCCUAUCUGUUUUGUUAAGCCUACUAGUUCAAUGACUAUUAAAACAGGAAAGCAUGUUGAUGCAAAUGGGAAGAUAUAUCUUCCUUAUCUACAUGAAUGGAAACAUCCACAGUCCGACUUAUUGGGGCUUAUUCAGGUCAUGAUCGUGGUGUUUGGAGAUGAACCUCCAGUCUUCUCUCGUCCUACUAUUUCAGCAUCUUAUCCACCAUACCAGGCAACAGGGCCACCAAAUACUUCCUAUAUCCCAGGCAUGCCAAGUGGAAUCUCUGCAUAUCCAUCUGGAUAUCCUCCCAAUCCCAGUGGUUACCCAGGCUGUCCUUUCCCACCUGGUGGUCAGUAUCCUGCCACAACAAGUUCUCAGUACCCUUCCCAGCCUCCUGUGGCCACUGUCGGUCCCAGUCGGGACGGCACCAUCAGCGAGGACACCAUCCGAGCCUCUCUUAUCUCAGCGGUCAGUGACAAGCUGAGAUGGCGGAUGAAGGAGGAAAUGGAUCGUGCCCAGGCAGAGCUCAAUGCCUUGAAACGAACAGAGGAAGACCUGAAAAAAGGUCAUCAGAAACUGGAAGAGAUGGUUACCCGUUUAGAUCAAGAAGUAGCUGAGGUUGAUAAAAACAUAGAACUUUUGAGAAAGAAGGAUGAAGAACUCAGUUCUGCUCUGGAGAAAAUGGAAAAUCAGUCUGAAAACAAUGAUAUUGAUGAAGUUAUCAUUCCCACAGCCCCACUAUACAAACAGAUCCUAAAUCUGUAUGCAGAGGAAAAUGCUAUUGAAGACACUAUCUUUUACCUGGGAGAAGCCUUGAGGCGGGGAGUGAUAGAUCUGGAUGUCUUCCUGAAGCAUGUACGUCUUCUGUCCCGUAAACAGUUCCAGCUGAGGGCACUAAUGCAAAAAGCAAGAAAGACUGCCGGUCUCAGUGACCUCUACUGACUUCUCUGAUAUCAGCUGGAGAUUGAGCUCUUCUUAAAGCGUUCUUUUCUUCUCUUUCUUUCUCUUAUCAGUAGUGCCCAGAAUAAGUUAUUGCAGUUUAUCAUUCGAGUGUAAAAUAUUUUGAAUCAAUAAUAUAUUUUCCGUUUUCUUUUGGUAAAGACUGGCUUUUAUUAAUGCACUUUCUAUCCUCUGUAAACUUUUUGUGCUGAAUGUUGGGACUGACUAUGCUAAAUAAAAUUUGUUGCAUAA